AUGCGGCUAGAGGUAUGCGAAGAUAUAGCUUAUAGUCACCUAAAAAACGGUCUGAACUCGUAGGAAAGCUAGUAUGCCCGAUUACACGAGGCUCGUGUGACGAGGACUGGGAGCUGCACGACAACGUGUCCGCGUUUUAACGAGAUCUACGUGAAUUCUUUCGUCGUGGUCACGGCUCGCUUCGUGCUACUGGCAACGCUGUUUCGAAAUCGGCCGCCCCGUCGGAAAGUUGGCGCUGCUAGCGCUAACAUGGCGUACCUAUCCUGUGGAUAGUGUUUUGUAGUGUUUGUGAUAGGACGUAUAUUUUUGUUUAGUCGUGAAAAAUCAAGGUCGCAGUGUGUUGUGCACUUCUACGGACCAAAUGUUGGACGUCUUCGCGCUAGCCGCAACACUGCCCGAGGCGCUUGGCACGCUCCACCGAGGCCGAUGUCGAGAUGGAAGCAAGACUGGAUAGGCCCACGGACGAAGGCAGCAGUGACAGUGCUGCUGCCCGUCUGGCACCGCAAACGGCCUCCUCGCCCGUGGUGGCCGACAGCACGCAGGGCAGUGCCGUGGAAGAAGAGUGCCCCCGUGUGACCGAAAAGCCCGGUACCUCGGAACGGUCUGGUGCUGGAACUAGGGAGGGCGUCCCCGAGGGUAAAGGUGCCGUGGAUGAUGACGGCGGUCAGGAUAAGCGCGAAGGAACGCCCGUACAGCAAACUGGAGACUCUCCCAAGGCGUCCGGCGUGUUGUUGGCAUCGCCUGUCAGAGACAGCGGUGGUGUGGUGUCUCCCCUUGUGGUGAAACGAGGCCCUGGCAGGCCACGAAAGGAUGGCAGCAGUCCCGUGCAACGCAAGAAGCUUUCCAGUCACAGCUUCCCUGGCCGGCCCAGGGUGCGAUCGCGGAAGCCAAGCUUGCUGUCGCUGGCAGGCAGCAGUGGCCAGACACCACCCAGUGGUUCCCUGCUGGAGCGGUCACCAGCCCCCUACGAGAUGGAUCUGGAGCACUCCGCACAACCUCCGCUGACGCCUCAAGCCAGCACUUCCAUGUCAGAUAGUGCACAUUACGAUCAGCCUGGUCCUGGAGAAUCUCCGCAUGACAAGCAAGAUGAGCUCUCACCAGAAGGGUCGGAGCGUGUCUGUGCGCUGUGCAACCUGGGUGACGGCAGAUCCAUGGGUCAGGGCAAGCUGGUGCGUUUCGAGCCCACCCUGGGCUUCCAGCCGUUUCGCAGGGCAGCCAAACUGGUGCAGAGGGCACCGUCGUCCAGUGAGGAGCGCGCCUCCGCCUCGCAGGGAAGCACCACACCUCCCCUGCGCCGAGGCGGCAAAGGACUUCGACUGUCCAGGGGAAAACCUUUCUCACGACUCUCUGCCGAAUUCAAGCCUCCAAGCAGCACUGAAGAGAUGCUGACAGUGGGCUUUGCGGAAGAGCCUGAUGUUGGGACACUUUUUGAGCCUUCUGGCCACACCUAUGUUCAUCGAAACUGUGCUGCAUGGUCGGAAGGUGUUUGCCCCGGAGAAGAUGACAGCCUCAUUCAUGUUGACAAAGCUGUCUUUUACGGCAUGUCCCAGAUUUGUAGCGGGUGUCAAAAGUAUGGAGCAAGUAUUCGGUGCCACCUACCAGACUGUGGCUUGAUCUUUCAUUUCCCCUGUGCAGCAGCGUAUGGUUGUUUUCAAGACAUGAAGGCCCUGAUACUUCUCUGCCCCUCCCAUGCCGACAAAGCCGUGUCCUAUGUGGGUUCGCAGGCCAACUGCCAGUCCUGUGAAGAGAUGGUGUCCGUGCCCGAGCUGCUCUUCUGCACCGUGUGCGGUGCACACUACCAUGGCUUCUGCCUGGAUCCCCCCGUGGGCGUCACUCCGACCUCUCGUCUCGGCUGGCAGUGUCCCGACUGCAAGACCUGCCAGGGGUGCAGGCGAGCUGGUGAUGAUGCCCGGCUACUGACAUGCGACGUCUGUGACAAGGCCUUUCACGUCUACUGUGUGAAGCCGAUGGUGGCCAAUGUUCCUAAGCACGGCUGGAAGUGUCAGAGUUGCCGGGUGUGUGGGGACUGUGGCUCGCGAACCCCGGGGAGUGGGCCCAGCUCUCGGUGGCACAUGAACUACUCGGUGUGCGACAGCUGCUACCAGCAGCGCAACAAGGGCGUUGCCUGUCCGUUGUGUGGCAAGGCCUACCGGCAGUUCAGCAACCGAGCCGAUAUGGCCCAGUGCACCGUGUGUCGAAAGUUCAUUCAUGUUGAAUGCGACAGCCAGCUUGCAAGCAGUCCCAAAGAUGGCGACUACGUUUGUCCAGUGUGUAGCAAUAUGAGGCAGCAGGCGGCACUAUCACUGUCUGGCAAGUCCGAGCUGUCUGUGAGAUUGCGAGUGCCAGCCUCUGACGGGUCACCUGACUACAUGUAUGGCUCACAAAGGGACAUUGCAUCCUGUGGCAAUGAUGACUCGCGUUCCAGCAACGACAAUGACGUCCUGCAGCAGACGUCUUCAGGAGGCAUGCAGUCCCCCGAGAACGAGUCCAAGUUCCCACCUCCAUCCCAUCAUUCAUUAGGAAAGCCACCAUUUGCCCGCUUCCCAGGAAAACGAAGGUUCGGCGUGGGGCGGGCAAGAGCAUCUAGCGGAAAGUUUGCUGCCAAACGGAGAGCGAAAGCCGUCGAGCUCCGUCGAAAGCGAGGACCAAAACCCAAACUCAAGCCCUAUUAUCCCUGUUGGAAUAUUUCUCAGGGAGCCACUGCUGGCCCUCCUGAAGCCAAAGAUAAGCAGGACGAGUCACAGAACAAGAUGGUUCUUUUCUCGGCCAAAGAUGACUUUGUCCUGAGCCAGGUGAGUGGAUUGGUGGGGGGGGGCCACUGCAAUGGAUGUACUUUCAAUUCAAUUCAGUUUAUUUCGACAUCAAAGUAAACAUUACAGUACUCA